AGAGUUCUUUAUAUAUGUCCUACAUCAUCAGAACAAUUCCACAAGAACAUGUUAAAGACAUCAAAAACACAGUUUUCACCCGAGGGGGUCUUUAAUUUGCCAUAUAAUCAUGAUACAUAAAACGUAAAUUUAAUGUAUACUGCCUCACUUUUAGUACAGACUAAGCAUAGACAUACACUUAAAUAGACUACUACAUGAUUUUACUAACUAAGGGGUCUCUUGUGGGAUUUAAAAAUCACAUUCUGGUAAAAUAAAUAAAUAGAUAAAUGAAAAUAAUAUCAAUAAUAAUAAAAUAAAUAUAAAACGAACUUGUCACGUGCAUUUGCAGUGAUCUAAAUGCAUGACUGUUAUUUUUAUUCUCUUAAGUGGAGGUUAUUUAAAUGGCGCCAUGCUUUCUCGACGUAGUACUGUAUUAUCAUCUCCAUCCAGUGUUUACAUGAUCGCACCGCGUGGUACAUCUGAGCCCCUCCCUCUCGCAGAGCGUGAUGGCGUCACUCCAACGUAAGCUGUCGGGCUGGAGAAUUCGCGGCGAUGGCGACGACGACUCCGAGCUGGAAGGGGAUGCCGUGAAGCUAGCGUCGGCUCGGAUAUGACUACUGCCUAUUUGAUGGAGAUUGGCUUGCUGUUCUGUUACUGCAUGGGCUUCGGAUGACUGCUUCGCCUCGUACUCGACGUCGCUCCGUUCUCUGGUGCGCUGAAACCACUGAUUCAGUGACCCCCUUGGAUCAGAUUUCAGCAUCUCCAAGAGUGGCCGACGUUUUUUAACCGUUUAUUGAUGUUCUUGUCCUACUUUGAAUUUCCAAACAGGAUCAUCUUUGCUUAGUGAUUGUCUGUGGACUGAUUUAGAUCAGCAUCUGUUGUUGGGUGACCCACACUCCUUCCCAGGGGCCAUGGAGGAGGAGGGGCAGCAGAGCCUGGAGUGCAUCCAGGCCAAUCAGAUCUUCCCCAAGAAGUCCCCUGUCCUGGAAGAAGAAAACAUGCAGGUGCCCUUUCCUGAGCUACACGGAGAGUUCACAGAGUAUGUGGGGAGAGCAGAAGACGCCAUCAUUGCAAUGUCAAACUACCGCUUACACAUAAAGUUUAAGGAAUCUGUUGUCAAUACUUGUUGUUGUGAGGUGUCAGUUCCUCUGCAGCUGAUCGAGAGCGUGGAGUGUCGGGACAUGUUUCAGCUUCACGUCACCUGUAAAGACUGUAAAGUUGUCAGGGGUCAGUUCUCCACCUUUGAGCAAUGUCAGGAGUGGCUCAAACGCCUCAACGCAGUCGUGCACCCUCCAUCUCGCUUGGAGGAUCUCUUCUCCUUCGCUUUCCACGCUUGGUGCAUGGAGGUGUAUGCUGGGGAGAAGGAGCAGCACGGUGAGCUGUGCAGACCAGGUGAGCACGUGACUUCUUGGUUCAAGAACGAGGUGGAAAGGAUGGGCUUUGACACUCACAAUGCCUGGAGGAUAUCGGACAUCAACAGCAAGUUCAGGCUGUGUCCCAGCUAUCCACAGCAGCUCCUGGUGCCCGCCUGGAUCACUGACAAGGAGCUGGAAAAUGUGGCGGCCUUCCGAUCUUGGAAGAGGUUUCCUGCUGUAGUUUAUAGACAUUUGAGCACAGGAGCCGUUAUCGCCCGCUGCGGUCAGCCGGAGGUCAGCUGGUGGGGUUGGAGGAACGCUGAUGAUGAACAUCUAGUUCAGUCCAUUGCCAAGGCCUGCGCCGUUGACAGCAGCUUCCGGAAAAACCUUCAGAAUGGCACCUACACCAACGGCUCCGACCUGCCCGACACAGACUUUGAAUCCUCCAUGACCAAAAGCUCAGAGGUAGAAACUUUAGCCAUCCAUCCCCACAAGCUGUUAAUCCUGGAUGCAAGGUCUUACGCUGCAGCCGUGGCUAACAGAGCAAAGGGGGGCGGCUGCGAAUGUCCCGAGUACUAUCCCAACUGUGAGGUGGUGUUCAUGGGAAUGGCCAACAUCCACUCCAUCCGCAAGAGUUUCCAGUCUCUGCGUUUCCUCUGCACUCAGAUGCCUGAUCCAGCCAACUGGCUGUCGGCUCUUGAGAGCACCAAGUGGCUACAGCACCUGUCUCUGCUGCUAAAGGCAGCCCUGCUAGUUGUUAAUGCAGUGGACCGAGACCACAGGCCCGUCUUGGUCCAUUGUUCUGAUGGCUGGGACCGAACGCCCCAGAUCGUCGCUCUGUCCAAGCUGCUUUUGGAUCCUUAUUACCGCACCAUAGAGGGCUUUCAGGUUUUAGUGGAAACAGAGUGGUUGGAAUUUGGCCAUAAGUUUGCUGACCGCUGUGGCCACGGAGAGAACUCUGACGACCUGAACGAGCGCUGCCCCGUCUUUCUCCAGUGGCUGGACUGUGUUCAUCAGCUGCAGAGGCAAUUUCCAUGCUCCUUUGAGUUUAACGAGGCCUUUCUGGUGAAGCUGGUGCAGCAUACCUACUCCUGUUUGUUCGGCAGCUUCCUGUGCAACAGCGGCAAGGAGAGGGAGGAUCGGCACGUCCAAGAGCGGACCUGCUCAGUGUGGUCGCUGCUCAGACCGGCUAACCGCACACUGAGAAACAUGCUGUACUCCUCCCACUCUGAGACCGUUCUCCACCCUGUGUGUCAUGUGCGCAACCUCAUGCUUUGGACUGCGGUCUACUUGCCCAGCUCCUCCCCCACCACUCCCACUGAUGACUCCUGCGCCCCCUACCCUGCGCCUGGUGCCAACCCGGAGGAUGCGCCCCUGGGCAGGCGAACGAAAACUCGCUCUUUUGACAACCUGCCCAGCGCCUGUGAGCUGGGGAGCUCGCUGGCUCCCAACCGGCGCUCCAGCGACCCGAAUCUCAACGAGAAGUGGCAGGACCACCGGCGCUCUCUGGAGAUCAAUGUUGCAGCAGGACCCGAGGAGGGGGGGAACCAGAACCAUGAAGUCCCGCCUAAUGGAGAAUGUCCGUAUCCCGAUGGAGUGGACUCUGAACCGGUCAACAGCCCGCAAUCCCAGGACUCUCAAGAUGUUGUCUGUCAGGAAGCCUCUGUGAACAAAGCAGGGGGGGGAAUGAAGGAGGCGGAGCUCUCCGUGGCAGUGGGAGUGGCUGAGGGCCAAAUGGAGAAUAUUCUUCAGGAAGCCACAAAGGAGGAAACUGGGACAGAUGUUCCAAAAGAAGGAAGUGAUGUUGUAGCUGCUGCUGUCUCGGAUUUGAAGCUGGAAGAGAGGUUUGAGCAGGAGCAUCUGAAUUCAAUGAUCUGUGGAGCUGAACAGAGACAAAUACUUGUAAAUGGUUACCGUCCAGAAAAGAAAAUGGUUGAAGUUGAGGAGGAUGGUGACUCUGCUCCUCCGGCUCCUCAGGAGAAGGAAGCGGAUCAGCCAGAGGCUCUGAUGAAGCAGGGUCUCCAGAGCUCUUCUGUUCACAAUGAGCUUGAAGAGGGACCCAGGGAAAGUUGUUUAGGUGAGCCGGAGCAGCCUGCCGCUCAAAGAGUGGUAGCCAACGGCUCUGUGGACAGCUCAGCAGAAGAUGCAAGCUUAGAUGAUUCCUGUCCGGACACUGAUCGGGUUGAGACAUUGGACAAGAGAACCUCCUUGAUGGAAAGCUCCACAGAGACUUUGACAGAUGAAGCCUGUGGUAGACAAGAGCUUUCAGCACAAGGUCCUGUUUGUGUGAACCUUCAACCCUGCAGCGAUGACAGGAGCCAGCUUCCCUGCUCCAGAAAAGAGAAGUGUCUGGAGGCCGGAGAGCUCGGCUUCAGUAGAACUUUAAAUGGAGGCAGUAAGCAAACCUCUGUCAGUGCCUUUCUGUCUGCAAGUGCCGACCUCAGCAGGGACGGCCUGAGCAACGGCGACUGCUCUGAUGGAGUUCCCAACGGGGCUCCUCACUCAGCCAAAGUAAACGGGGAGCGGGCCCCUCUUAGUCGACAGGUAUCUCAAGUAAGCUGCAACUCUCUGAUCCUCCACCCGCGGGGCAGCUGCUCUCAGCACCGCUGGUGCCACUCCAUGCUGAGCCGGGCCACCACCAGCCCAGAGCAGCCGUCCCGCAGUCACCUGGACGACGACGGGCUCACCCUGCACACCGACGCCAUCCAACAGAGGCUGAGGCAGAUUGAGGCGGGUCACCAGAUGGAGGUGGAGACUCUGAAGAAGCAGGUGCAGGAGCUAUGGAGCCGCCUGGAGAAUCAGCAGCACGCCGGCUCCCACAGAAUCAAUGGGGACAUGGGAGAUGAGCUGACCUCAAUGACAGACUCUGAGUACAACCUUGAUGCAAACUGCUUGUCGCGCUGCAGCACGGAGCUCUUCUCUGAGGCCAGCUGGGAGCAGGUGGACAAGCAAGACACUGAGGUCACACGUUGGUACCCGGAUCAUUUGGCUGCCCAGUGUUACGGCUGCGAGAGCAGGUUCUGGCUUGCUACCAGGAGGCAUCACUGUAGUGGCAGGGAGCCUGUCCAGGAGGUCUGGAACUGCGGUAAUGUGUUCUGCGCCAGCUGCUGCGACCAGAAGAUCCCAGUGCCAAGCCAGCAGCUGUUCGAACCCAGCCGCGUCUGUAAGACCUGCUACAGCGGCCUUCAUCUCAGCUCGCCUCCCCUGGACCUGGAGCUUGAGAAGCCCAUCACAGCCAGCUCCAACUAGGCUUUUUUGGGGGGGAAGGAGGGUGGACUGUACCACCACCAGCUGCUGACACAGACACUUGUGAAGAGCACGGGAGAUACACAGAAUGUCCCUUUUUACUUUGUGCGUGUGCUGCAGGUAUGAAUAGACAAAGUGUUGAAUGGUGGGUGUGCACAGGGAAAGAGUAAAGUGUGUGAGGGAUGUGUCCACGCAAGCUGUGUGUCAGGGACGGUUUGCAGUUCGAGGAAAGACGAGUGAGACUGCACAUCCAGGCAGAGCAUAGCAGAGCAGAGCGGGUCGUCUCACUUCUCUCACCAAAAGUCUCAUGUCUGACUUGAUGCUUCUCGUCACAUUUCUAAGAACGUCAGAGCUUCGACUCCUGACGGAGCAGGGACUCCCAUUUUAUCCAGAAGUUUAAAAAAAGAGGUCUUCUUUUUUAAAAUUAACAUUUAUUUAAACUUUUCCCUGCCUCCUGUCACAACAUUGUAAAUUCUGUCAAGUUACAUAUUCCAGCAGAAUGAGAGAAAACAGUUGUUUGCUGUAGAAAUUUAAAGAUUCCCCUAAAUAUUUUCUGUAACGAUCUAGUUUUUUAUCUGAACACUUUCAACAACUGCAGUUUCAAAAAUAUGGUCUUCACUUGUUAAGCACCGAUAAGUUUCAAACUCCUCUCCAUCUCCAUGCUGUGAGCAGCAGCAGUUUUUGAGCAACAGCUCAAAGUGUAGCUAGAAGUCAAACGUGUUUGUUUUUCCCAGGUCUUCUUAUCGAUUCUUGAAAGUCCAGACUUGUUUUCCAGUUCCUGACAGCACUGAGCUUGUGAAACUCUUCUGUUAAAUCUUCCAGCAGCUUCAGACAGAAGCCUGGCCAUUACCAGCUGACAGCUGCUGAGCUCUCUCCCCGCUCAAACACUGUUAUUAUUCGUCUGCAGAGCGUGAACCGAUGAGCUGUCAGUUUCUGCAGGACUGCAGAGGUGCUGCAGUUAGUUCAUUUAACCCUUACUGAAACCUUUCAAUUUGUGCCCCUCGUUCAGCCCGGUAAUGACGCCCAGAGUUGAACAUCUCCCUUUUCAUUUAUUUUUUUAGUCUUCUGGUAGAAAUCAGGUGGUGAUGUUUUACACGUUUCUGAACUGUCUGAGCAGAUACUCAGUCAGGAUCUGACAGAUUUCCAGCAGAAUGAACGCAGAGCUGCAGCAGCAGCAGCAGCAGAAAGGGCUCUCGGCGUUUUCGCUGUAAACACACAUGAGGCAUUCGAGUGAAGCUUUACUGAGACGACCGCUCUGCAGCACACCCAUUCAAUGCCCUCUUUGCACACACUUUUGUUUUUGUAAAAUAAGUAAAUAAAAUAAUAUAUUCAGAUACGUAUAUAGCAUUUAAGAAAAUGUAUAGAUUCCGUUAAUAGUGGCUCACUUAGUCACAGUUUUAUAAUGCUUUGUUUCCCUUUGUUAAUAAUUGCAGAAGAAUACCUAUAUUUUGCAAGCUUUGGAGAUGAAAGGUGUGUAGUUUUUUUCUAAAUUAUAGAAGCAGGUUGUCCUGUUUUGAUGCUGCAGUGGUUUUCCCUUUCAAAUGCGAUCUUUCCUUUAUUUAUUGAGGUGUUGUUGAAUUGCUCUUAAACAUCCAGAUGAUUGAACGGCCUCCGGAUAAUCAGUGUUUAUGAGGCGCCGACUGAAAGAUGUCUCUGAACUGUGGAUUUGGCGGCCCUAAUAGUUUCAGGAUAUUUUGCAUUAGCCAAACACGGCGGGAUGAGGGGAUGCAAUCAUCUCCCAGUCAUAAGGGGGGUACCGAAACGGAGGUUGAGUGACAUGGUCAAACUCCAGCAGCAUCAACCCAGUACCCCCUUAAACCCCCCAAAACAAAAAGAAACACGGAAAUGACUUCAUUCAAAUUUUGUACCAAAACUACCUCUAUCUUAGUCCCACUUUCUUUUGUACGCUAAGCUUGUAGUUGCAGAGUGGUUCCUGCUUUCCACAUCUUCAUUGAUGGAGGCCUUUUGUUGUUGAUCUGAAAGGUACAGCAUACAUCCGGAUGGAGCUGGCCUAUCGUUUCCCCGUCAUCCCCGCUCAUCCUGCUGUGCAGCGCGCGGCACCACAGUUCUGACUAUCAAACGAAACGCACAAACGGACCGUGUGAUCAACAGCGAGGUUCCGCCUCGUCACAACAGCGGCUUGGCCCGAGUGCGUGUUCCUGACGCCUCCUGCUGGAUGUGAGGGUGGUUGUAGGGUGAGGGGAGGAUUGAUAUGCAGCGAAGCUGCAGACUUGAACUCGUCAUAGCCAGCCUCCAAUCUAAAGCUGGUUUGUCCAUUUCUCAAAUUUUGAAAGGGGAUCCAGAGGGAUGGCUCUCAGAGAUGGGAGGGGGGGGGAUGUUUCCUCAUAGCUGGAAGCCUGCAUCGCUCUCUCCUCUUUUCCACCACCAUCACAGAGCACGUCUUGCUUAAUAAUCCAUGAAUGUGAAUUGUUCAUAUAGUAAAAAGACAGAAAAGCUCCUGUUUUGCACAUCAGUAGGCAGACACGGCCACAGAGCGCAUCAAGAAAAAAGUCCACCGGAAAGAGCGCUGCACUUUUGGGUGGUGUAAUGAGCACGAUGAAGACGGCUUGUGACGGCCGUCAUUAGCCGACACGCAGCUGCGCUCUUCCUAGCGCCUAUUAGCUCCUCUCACCUGCUUUAUUCUUCUCCACCAGAGGCUCCACUGCAUCGGCCCAGUAAUCACUCAUCGCGUGGGUGCAUCGAGCAUUAGUGUGACUGUGCGAAUGCGUCUCUUUUCUCGGAGACUGGUGCCAAGCAGUUUUUAUUACGGGUCUCUCACAAAGGGAUCAGUUUGGAUUUAUUUGUUUUCUUUUCUUCUUCCCUCCUUUUCUCCCUCCCUUCUUUUUGAUAAGCACUUUCAACCUCGUGUCUGUCAGAGGACUGUGUAGUUGUACAUAGCGAUUUCCUGUAACAAGUGCUCCUUGUUUCGUCUGAAUAUUUUGUUUUGUUGGAUUUACUUUUCAGAGCAUUACCUUGUAGAAUUAAAGGAAAAUAAACUAGAA